AAUAAUUCCAAUUUAUCAUUGCUAUUAGAAAAUAGCCGCGAUGCUCUAAUAAAUGGCAACAACGCUAGAAAACUAUAUAUUCCCAUACAUCCUCCAACAUCAGAGACUAGUCAAAUGCUUAUUUUGAGAUUUUUAACUGCUAUGGGAGAGUAUCAGGACUUACUUGGUUUGGUUUUUGAGAACAAUACCUUACAGCUUAUAAAUGGUUUCAUAACAAACAUUGACAGAGGAGAUACUAGACUGGCAUUUGAAGCAUUGAAGUACCUGGCGUCGCUUUUGGUACAUAAAAAAUUUGCGUUACUAUUUAUUCAUUGGGGUGGCUUGGAGCAUUUACUUAAAGUGCCGCAUUCCAGCCUGGCAUCUACAGGUGUUGCCAUUUGUCUCUAUUAUUUGGCAUAUUCUGAAGAUGCCAUGGAGCGUAUUUGCACUAUGCCAAAGUCCCUUAUUAAAGAAUUAGUUUCAUAUGGCUUGUGGCUACUGGUGCGUUCUUAUGAUUCCGGAAAAUGUCAUGCUACAAUGUUUUUCGGCUUAAGUUUCCAGUUCAAAGUCAUACUUGAUGAAUUCGAUAACCAGGAUGGAUUGCGAAAAUUAUAUAAUGUGACCGCGAUUAUGAAAAUACUUAAUCCUACUAGCAGUGAAGACAACACAGAAACUAACGAGGAUGUAGAAUGUGCGUCAAGACAGCUGGUGCGUCAUGUAUGUGUCGCAUUAAAACGUUACAUGGAAAGUCAUCUGUUUUACAAAUUCAAUGACUACAUGCGUUCGCAGUGCCCGACAUCGACUAACUUUUCCAAAAUUAUUACAAAAGCAACCAAAGCGAAUUUGGAGCAAAUUAAUGAACAAGUGCGAAUUUUACAAGAACAAAUCACUUUGCGUAUGUUCUGGAAACCAGUAGACCAACUGUUGCGAUUAGGGGGUGUAAAAUUACUAUUAAACAUAAUUGCUUUGUCGUAUGACUGGACGAACAGCGGAAAAGCGGAAACAAUGCGUUCAGCGCUCGACGUACUAUCGAUAUGCUGCGUAAUGCCACAAGUAUAUCAGGCGCUUUGCAAUCGGUUAGAGAUUCCAGACAAUACGAUAUCAUCCGGGAUGUCAGCAAUACUAGGUUGUGCUGCUGGUGAAAUUGCAGAUGGUGAGGUGCAAAAAUCCGCUCUAGCAGUGGUUUGCAAUUGUGUUUGUUCACCACUUAUGAAGAAAGAACUAAAUACAAAUAGAUGUUUAAAGGAACCUUCAACUACCAAGGCUUGGAACGCAACGAGACGUAUGCGAAAUACAAAAUACAUUGAAGAUUUGGUACAAAAAGCUUGGGAAUCUGUCUGCUGUAAUAGUGGUAUUAUUGUGCUGUUGAUGUUGGUACAAGUUAAAGCACCAAUAACGGACGCUGAUUGCAUACGCGGUAUGGCGUGCAGAGCAUUAGCGGGCCUGGCACGUUCAGAACGUGUACGUCAGAUAAUUGGAAAACUACCGCUCUUUGCUAGUGGGCAAAUUCAAACACUAAUGCGAGAUCCUAUUUUACAAGAAAAACGUGCUGAGCAUGUGAUAUUUCAAAAAUAUGCGUUGGAGUUAUUAGAACGUGUCUCGGGUAAAGCAAAACCAACUAACAAUCAACUAGAUCCUUCACUAGCCAAUAUACACAAAGCAAAUGUUAUAGCCCAGACAAAAAUACAAUAUAAUGAACAGCAAUUGCUGCAAUUAAUAUGUGAGCACUUAGAUUCGAAAGGCUUAACCCAAUCUGCACAGGCUUUGCAAAGGGAAGCUGGCUUGCCUUCACCAAUCGUUACUACAAAAUUCUUUCAUCAGUCACCAUUCGACUAUAAAGCGAUGUCUUCUUCGUCCAUGGGUAGAAUACGUUUACGAAAUCGGAUGCAAGACGUCCAAGCAGCCAUUUUGUAUUGUUCAAAUGACCAAAUUAAUGAGGAACCAAGUGCAAAUAACUCACUAACUGCAACCCCCAUAAAACUUGUUAAGAAAGGAGAAAAAGCACAUAACACAAGUAUAACAAAUUUGAAUACAUCGAAUGUAUCCUCACAGCGUUCACUUCAGAAGCAAAUUACCUCCUAUUACCACGAUAACACGUUGCAAGACACUGAUGGUAUACCUAAGAUCAACAGCAUAAGUCUUAAUACUAUUGUUACGGAAUAUUUAACUAACCAGCAUGCACUGUGUAAUAAUCCAAUGACAACAUGCCCACAAUUCGAUCUGUUUACUCCGCAUAAAUGUCCCGAUCCGAAACCAAGUCGUGUACUAAACAGUCUUCAUAACUUGACCGCCCGUGUAUUUAGAGCACAAUCCGGUUAUAAUACAGCUACUUUGGAUCGACGUUAUGUUCAUACAAACAUCGCACCAUGGCAUAGCAUACGUUCCAACGAUUACAAUGAAACGCAAUUCUCCUGUUGCUCCUUCCUGCCAAAUUCAAAUCUAAUACUUUGUGGUACACAGCAAGGCGAUAUCAAAGCUUACAACGUCAACGAUUGCACCGAAGUGUUCACAUUUGACUGCUGCAGCGACUGCAUCGAUGUUAUAAAUGCCAAUCGCAGAGGUAAUUUAAUACUUACCUCAUGCUCUUGGCGUACGUCCAUGAGCAUACUUUGGUCUUUAAAAAAUAAUGAAGUGAUGCACGAACUUGACUUUCCUGAAGACACGUAUUGUGAAUUCAGUAGUCUUGCACAGGAUAAAGUACUGGGUACAAUGGCUGAGAUUGCACAUCUUUAUGACCUUCCAACUGGAAAAAUAAUAAGUACAUUUAAGCCUUCAAUAUCGAAUCAGUAUUCGAAAAAUCGUGCUACAUUUCAUCCCACCGAAGAGAUAGUAUUAUCAGAUGGAGUACUUUGGGACAUAAGGGUACAUAAGGAAAUUCAUAAAUUUGAUAAAUUAAAUCAAACACUUUCUGGGGUAUUCCAUCCAAAUGGCUUAGAGAUAAUUUCCAACACUGAAAUUUGGGAUAUGCGUUCUUAUCAUCUGUUACAAACAGUGCCUGUACUCAAUCAGUGUUUCGUGAAAUUCUCACCAAUGAAUGUACUUUACGGCUACAGCUUUGACAAUGAGACUCGCCACGAUUUUGAUGAGAAUAAUACGUAUGAUACAAGCUUUAAAGUCCUCGACCUCUAUGACUACACCAGUAUAACAACAAUUGAUGUGAAGCGUUACAUACAAGAUAUGAGCAUACACCAUAAUGGUUGCACUUUGGGGACAGUCGAGCACCAUAUGGGUUACGAUUCAAAGCAGGAGACAUAUGUUAAAAUGUACUCCGUCGGCAUGAAAAGAUUUGAUCAUGAGGAUGAGGAAGAUGAAGAGGAUCAAGACAGUGAUGAAGACGCAAGUGAGACAGAUUCAAAUGAUCCAAUUGUUGAAGUUCGACCAGAUGGAGUUUAUUUCAGAAGACGCACAAGACGGCGAAAUCGACGUAACAUAAAUUUUCAUAAUGUUGUUCCAGAUGGUGAAGCACAAGAAGAUGAUGAUGAUGAUGAUGACGACGAUGAUGAAGACGAUGACAUUGAUGACGAGGAUGUGAUAAAUUUAUUUGAAAAUAUGGAAACGGAUUCGGAUAAUAAUGAAGAUGGCGAACAAGAGGAGGGUGGAUCAGAUGAAGUUGAACUGAAUAGUGAUCCCGACAGUACGUCGUCGGAAAAUGAAUUCGAUGAAUCUCGUUUUAGACUUGCGUAAAAAAAGUUGUGUAACUAUUCUUUAGAAAAAUUAAACAAAAAUUAAAAUUGGCACAGCUAAUAAAUCUUUAAUUUAAGUAAAUUGAAUAGUAGUAUAUAGAGCAAAUAUGCAAUUGCAAAAGUAUCGAACAUCGGUAAA